AUGUUAGCUGAUCGGUUUGGUUUCUCGCGGGAGUCUGUCCUGGAUAUGGCGUGGACUAUGCUGAGAAUCGACUACUCGAGACUCUUCUGGGUCAUGUUCGGUGUCUUCUCCUACGAGAAUCACGAAGGGAAACCGCGGAUCUAG